CCUGUGCGCCCCUCCCCCCAUUGUGCAAGCCCCCCGGUCACCACCGUCAUUUUUGUUGCUAGUAGGAGCAGUUGGACAGGGUCAGACACCUGGGCAUCCGCUCGACAGACACACACUCACACGCACAGACACACGGCCAACCGCCACGGCUGCCCUCGAAACUCAGCUACUCUCGUCUGGACCGAGUUGGCAACCUCUCUUCCGACCGACUUCUUCCUUCUCUCCUAGCUGGAGCCCAUCCUUGAUCUUCAUUCUUAUCCCAGCACACGCCCACGUUCCUCCAUAUACCCUCUCCUCUCCUGUGGGCUGCCAUCCUUUCCUGUACAUACUGUCGGUCACCGGCAUAAAACGAGUUGUCGCCUGCUGUCGAGUCCCCAAUUGCGUGUGGUGUGUCUGACAGCUCCAAAGCCCUCCGCACCAAACAAGUCGUCCUUCCCCGCUCCGUGUAUAGGCAAAUAGACCGCCUUCUCACCGCACGAGACAAGUCGUCGACUCCCACAAGAGUUGCUGGAGUUUGUGCCUGCUUUAUACGACCUUUCCUGGCUGUGUCUCUGUCUGGGCCAACAUCAACCUCACCUCACCCCAUCUCUCCUCUCUCCUCCUAGCACAAUGUCUAGUGGCACUGCCAAUCGGAUCAAGGAAGGCGCUCGAUCAGCCGCCACAAAGGUCGAAGAAGCCGCGAGCGAGGCCGUGAACAACCCUGUCCAGGCCAAAAAUGACUUCCUCCACCUUCCCGUUGUGCGCGCCGCCCUCCCCUUUGUCAAUGGCGGUCUGGCAGGCAUGUUUGCAACGGGGUGCAUCCAGCCCAUAGACAUGGUCAAAGUGCGCCUACAGCUGGCGGGCGAGGGUGUGAAGACAGGCCCCAGGCCCACCGCUCUGGGAAUAACAAGAGACAUCAUUGCUCAAGGGAAGGUGCUCGACCUUUACAAUGGUCUCUCAGCGGGUCUGUUGAGACAAGCAGUCUAUACCACCGCAAGACUAGGCUUCUUCGACACCUUCCAGAACAUGCUGCAGGCAAGGGCUGAGCAGAAUGGCACAAAGGUCACAUUCGCGGAGCGAGGCGCCGCAGGCCUUGCAGCCGGUGGUCUGGCUGCCAUGGUCGGCAACCCCGCCGACUUGGCACUCAUUCGAAUGCAAUCUGAUGGCCUGAAACCCAAAGAAGCCCGCGCAAACUAUAGAUCAGUAUUUGACGCUUUAACUCGCAUUGCCAAAGCCGAAGGCAUCACGGCUCUCUGGGCCGGAGCAUACCCCACCGUCAUCCGUGCCAUGGCACUCAACUUUGGUCAACUCACGUUCUUCGCCGAAUCCAAGGCUCAGCUCAAGCAUUACUUCCCCGACAUCUCAGAGUCCUCGAACCGCUUUGGAGCUUCCGCCAUUGCUGGGUUCUUUGCCUCGUUUUUCAGCUUGCCGUUUGAUUUCGUCAAGACGCGGUUGCAGAAGCAGCAGAGGGGUCCUGACGGGAAACUGCCGUAUAACGGCUUCUUUGACUGUGCCAGGAAGGUCAUCCGUGAUGAAGGUUGGUUGAGAUUCUACCGCGGAUUCGGCACCUACUAUGUCAGAAUUGCACCACAUGCGAUGAUCACCCUGAUCGUUGCCGACUACCUGAAAUUGAUCACCGCCUGAUUCGUUCGCUCCGAAGCGACGGUCGGAAAGAAUCCGCAAACUCAAAGCCAUGUUGGAUAACGACGCCGACGGUGGUAGGGUCGGAGGAACAAAGAGAGUGAAUGAAAGAAGACAUCCAGUGUUGAGAGGGGGGGGGGUACAGAAGCAGCCAACGGCACACGGUUCCAGGCUGGCAGGUCCGUCUAUCGCUCGAUCUCAAGGGUCAGGUCAAAGAUGUGAUUUAUGGCAGGUCAACAAUCUGUGGCAUAUACCCCUGGAACAAUGGCGCACUCUAGCAGAUGUCAUAUACAGCACAAAUUUAGCAUCCUUGAGGCGUUGAUAGGUAGCUAAUCACGAAGACUUCGUAAUAGAAAUGUCGAGC